AUGGCAGAACACGAGCCCUUCUUGCUGCUAUCGGCCGAGGAGCUGCCUGGCACCCUGCAGCCUGAGCAAGUUCGCGUCACCUUCCAUCCGCAGAACGAUCGCAAGGCCCACAGCAGCGACAGCCGGAUCGAGGAGAUUUGGACUGAAGCCGUCACCAAGAAUUCGCGAAUCUACGAUGGCUCCAAGUUUCGGCUCCAGGGCGUUAGCUGGUCAAAGGGAGUCCUGCAAGUGGACCUCGGCCUCACCGGCUACAAGGAGUAUCUGGGGACCCAUGGCCGGCCCGUUGAGGAGCGCAGACAGCUCGAGGAGGAUGGGCUCCGAGACUUCGGGGACAAGGCCGCCCACUUCUCGCAGGCCCUGGGCUGUGAGGCCGUCUUGGCCACUGCAGACGGCCAGGCUGUGCUCCUGCGCCGCAGCGGUGCUGUGGGAACCAACUCGGGAUUGUACAAUGGGCCCAGUGGACACCCGGAGCCAAAGAAUGUGAGCGAAGCUCCCUCAGCCUCAGCUUCCUCCGCCGUUCAGCAGGAGCUCUUUAGGUCAGUUGUGGACGAGGCAGUGGCAGAGACCAACGUGCCCCGAGAAAGCCUGGCUGAGCCAGAGUUGAUGGGUUUCAUGGCAGAUUCGACGGGCAAGCCCGAUGUGCUCUUCCUGCUACGAACGUCCUUUACCUCUGAGGAGGUGCAGCUGGCAUACUCCAAGGGGGCUGAAGAAGCCUGGGAGUCUGAUCGUCUUACGUUUUGGCCGCUGGCGAAGUUGCGUGAGUGCAGCUUGCCCCUCACUGCUGUGACCCGAGCAGCCAUCGCUUGCCUUCAGCUCCAUUCGGCGAGAGGAGCCUAA